AUGGGCGCCAAACCAAAUCACCAAAACCAUGUCAUCAACCUGGCAAGAACUCAAACUCCUACUCUUCUUCUCGGUCCUCCAGAGAUCGGAAGAGUACCCACUCCACCACCGCAGGUCCACUCCGGCGACCCCUUCGUCGACCUCAUGGUCUCCAAUUUCAAUAGCACCACGAUAACUCCACCCAGACCCCCAAUGGGUUUGACCGAGAACGGUUCGCCGACUUUUCUCACCUCCGGCAACCCUUGCCUUGAUUUCUUUUUCCACGUGGUUCCUGACACCAAGCCGGAAUAUUUCAACCAACAGCUCCCGGUGGCUUGGUCCCACGAUGCCCUAACCACUCUCAAGCUCAUCUGCAACCUGCGAGGUGUACGUGGCACCGGAAAGAAUGACAAAGAAGGGUUCUACACUGCAGCGUUAUGGCUCUACAACCACCACCCCAAAACCCUAGCUUACAAUGUAGCCUCGGUUGCCGCUUUUGGGUAUUUCAAAGACUUGCCGGAGAUUUUAUACCGGAUUCUAGAAGGCCAAGACAUUAGGAAGACCCAAAAGGAAGAGUGGGAAAGGAUCAAGCGCUCUUGCUAUAAGGGACCGGGUAAGGUGGACGGGUUAAGCUUGAAGUCCAUGGAAGCGGAGACGGAGGCAGAGAGGAACAAGAUGAUCCGAUUGAGAAAAGAAAAAUUGAGGGACAAGAGGUAUGAACGAAUGUAUGACAUGGCCAAGAAGGUGGUUUCCAGGUACCAGCAGGACUCCAAUUUCCAGUUGCUUCACGAGCAGAUAUCGGAAGUUUUCGCAGAGUGCUUGAGAUCAGACAUGGAAUGCUUGAAGAAGCACCAGAGAAACAAGAUAAGCCUCGCAGCGAAAUGGUGCCCUUCCCUAGACUCCUCCCUUGACAAGGCCACUUUGCUUUGCGAAAGCAUUGCCAAGAAGGUUUUCCCGCGGGAAUUGUACCCGGAAUAUGAGGGACUAGAGGAAGCACACUAUGCUUACAGAGUGAGAGACCGGCUGAGGAAGGAGGUUUAUGUGCCGUUGAGGAGGGCAUUGGAGUUGCCUGAACUUUAUAUGACUGACAGAGAGUGGAACUCACUUCCUUACAAUAGAGUGGCCUCCGUGGCAAUGAAGCUAUACAAAGAAAAAUUCUUUGAGAAGGACUCUGAGAGGUUUAAGAAUUAUCUGGCAGAAGUGGAAGAAGGCAAGUCCAAGAUUGCGGCCGGUGCGCUGCUUCCGCAUGACAUCAUAGCCUCUCUGGAAGAUGGGGAUGGAGGGCAAGUCGCCGAGCUUCAAUGGAAGAGAGUGGUGGAUGACUUGUUGAAGGAAGGCAAGAUGAAGAACUGCUUGGCUGUGUGUGAUGUGUCUGGAAGCAUGCAUGGGACUCCUAUGGAUGUGUGUGUGGCUUUGGGGAUGUUGGUGGCUGAAUUGACUGAGGAGCCCUGGAAAGGGAAGGUGAUCACAUUCAGUGCCAAUCCUCAGCUUCAUUUGAUUCAAGGGGAUGAUCUAAGAUCCAAGUGUGAAUUUGUGAGGAGGAUGGAUUGGGGAAUGAACACUGAUUUUCAAAAGGUGUUUGAUCUGAUACUCCAAGUGGCUGUGAAUGGGAACUUGAAGCCGGAGCAGAUGAUAAAGAGGGUGUUUGUGUUCAGUGACAUGGAGUUUGAUCAGGCUUCGGGGUAUAGGAGUGGUUAUGGUUAUGGAUAUAGAUAUUCUAGCUAUUCUGAAAGCGAAAGCGAGGAUGAUGUGUCUAAAAACAGAUGGGAGACUGAUUAUGAGGUGAUACAGAGAAAGUUUGAAGAGAAGGGGUAUGGUGAUGCGGUGCCUCAGAUAGUGUUUUGGAAUCUGAGGGACUCGAAAUCAACGCCGGUGUUGGCAACACAACCAGGGGUAGCGCUGCUGAGUGGCUUCUCCAAGAAUGCACUCAAGAUGUUCUUGGAUGAUGAUGGCCAAAUCAGGCCGAACCGUAUCAUGGAGAAAGCUAUCUCAGGGAAAGAGUAUCAACAUCUAGUUGUUGUGGAUUAA